AUGGGGGCUCUAAGCCUUGCAGGAAUCCUAUGUGGAUUCAAGGGAGCCAACGUGCAAAGGGUAUUUUAUAUGGUGUCUGGAAAGGCUGGUGGCACCACGCAGCUCCGGGUCUCUCUCUCAUCUCUGCUUCUCACUCUCUGCCAAAAUCUUCCAUCAGAAUUAGGAAAAGUUGUUUACAACUCAAAGACCUAUGAAUGUGAGCUGUUUUUACAUGGAGGCUGUGAUGGCAAUGGAAACAACUUUUUGAGGAAAGAAACUUGUGAGAAAGCCUGCAAGCACACUUGA